AUGCCAAAUAAUACUGCCGAAGACGCUGCAGAAUUCAUUAUGAUACAUGGCGCACCUGAACGACUCAUCACGGACAAUGGUGUACAUUUUAACAAUACAUUACUAAAGACUAUUACCACAACAAUGUAUUUUACUCAUGUAUUUUCAGCUUCGUACCAUCCUCAAACGAAUGGUCAAAUCGAGCGAUUUAACGCCACAUUCUGUACACAAUUGGCAAAGUACUACGAUGAGAAUAAAGAUGAUUGGGACGAUUAUGUUCAAUCAGUGAUUUAUGCCUACAAUACCGGCAUUCAUGCUACAACUGGCUUUGUCCCGUAUGAACUUGCUUUUGGACGAAAACAGAAGAGCCCAUUCGAUCCUACAUCAAAGAGCCUGACUUUAACUCGAGCAGACGAGUUUUACAAAUAUUUACAAAAAACACGGCGAAUAAUUAUCAAACAAGCUCAAGAAAACAUACGUCGCCAACAACAAUUAACAAAACAGCGAUAUGACAAACAUCGCAAGGAUAUUUCUUACUCUAUUGGUGACUUAGUGUUUCUUAAGGUAUGUGCUAAUCGCACCAAAUUAGACGAACGAUGGAUAGGACCUUGCCGUGUGAUCAAGAAAGCAGGUGAACAAAACUAUUUGGUCGAAGAUAGUCAAACUGGAAAAACUACGUUGGCUCAUAUAAGUCAACUUCAACCGGUUGCGGAACGGUAUGUUUGA